AUGCAAAGUAGGGCUUAUACAAGGCUGUACAUGGCCCAUACAAUGCCGCUUGCCAGUGAGCGCAGCAACCAGAACGGCUUGGGGCUGUCUGCGCAGAUGAGCGCGAAAGAAAAAAAUCGACAGGCGCAGCGCCGAUUCCGUGAGCGACAGAAAGACCUCAUCGCGAACCUCAAGCAACGCGUUGAGGACCUCCAAAGCAGGGUGGCCGAGAGCGAGAAGGAGAUUAUUGCGUUGAAAGAGGAGAACGCGAUGCUACGCGGGCGCAUUGAGGGCAAGCAGCAGGGGCCAUCUGUAACCCUUCCUGCGGAAACUUUACAGUCGCUGUUGCAAAUGACGGGCGCGAGCGGCCUCCUUGCAGACGCGCCAAGGCCCAGAAGCGGCGGGAGUGGGGGUGCCAGCAUUGUUGCCGGCAGUAAUGGUGGCAGCGCGGCGGCGGUAUACGGUCCAAUCCGCGGCGGCGACAUGAACACGCGGGGCGGGGAUGCUGGUGUUCGGGGCUCGGACACGGGGCGACGAGGCGACUUGGGAUUGCGACGCGCCAGCUCGUAAUAGGCACCAGCUAGGAAAGCUUGCGCUCGUAAAGCACUGUCAUUCUGACUCACACAUGCGGCAAAAAAAUUGUCCUGUAGUUACAUAACAUAUGACAUUAUGCAACCAUAGCGGCUCACUUUGCUUUUGAGGAGCAUCCAUACACAUGGGCAUAUCUGUUUGCGCAUCGUGCAUAUGCUCUGUUUUUACUUCGACUUCUGACCUAUGCGCAUGCGCCGCCCUAGGUGACGUGUCGCUUGCGGACCAUAGUUAAGACCUAGCUUUGCUGCGCUGGCAAGGCAGGCGUCACACCGAGGCAUGAGGAUGAUAGCCUGUGCACUGCAAAGCAUUGAUAGUGACGUUGUCUUUGUUGUGCGGGUUGUGUAGGACGCGACUUAUUUGUUGUACAGUUUGGCCGUGGAUCUUAUGAAUAUCCUGUGGAUCUUAUGAAUAUCCUGUACCUGGGUGGGGGCCCGGGCUUAACUGAUUUGAGCGUUCAUGAUACCAAUCGACGCGUCUAUGCGUGUGCGAUCGUCAGCGACUGAUGCGGACGGAGAAUAUCCCACGUUGGUGUUGCAGCGCAACGUUUCAGCUGGUGGUGGGGCGUUUUUUGGAGCCGUGUUAGAUAUGCCGUGUCUCGAGCAUACGUGCAGCUCAGAUUCCUAGGUGGCCUAGGCAUGUGGCAUAUUGUCGUACCACGCAUAUGCAAUUUGACUGCGGUUUUGUGCAUGCAUAACGUGCGUCAGCAUAGGAGCAAUAUUUUAUGGUUGUUUGAGCAACGUCUGGUCCUCUUUAUAAACUCUUGGGUACGUUGCACGGUGAAGUGCCGUCCCGGACGAUAUCUGUGCCACUUCGCACGCGAAUGACUCCUCACAGCACGCGCAAUGUGCUGGACCCGUACGGGCUAUGACGCCCAACGCUUCAAAUUUUUGAAAACAGAAUUAUGUUGAUUUGUUUAAUUGGGCGACGAAUCCGAAGGUGCUGUAACUACACAUGAUUGUC